GCAGGUUAUUUAUUUGACACAAACGUCUUUGAAGGAUGGUAGAAGCAGUUUUGAUCGAUCUUUUUGGCUUGAAAUGGAACUUUCAAAAAAACUGCUAUCAGACAUUACUGAAGACACUGAAUGCCAUCCAAGACCACCAUGCUGCCAGUGCCAAGUUCUUUUGUAUAAUGUGUUGCGGUAACAUGAGCUGUGAAAGGGGUGGUGACCGUGAUACUUGUGAGUUAGAAACAAGCAAUGGAUUGUCAGCUCUCUUGGGAGAAUUUGAGACUACUAGCAGUCACAGCCUGGCUGCCUCGUUGUAUACCAUUAAACAAAAAAUCGAUGAAAAAAAUCUGAGCAGCAUUAAAGUAAUUGCACCCAGGCACAGGAAGACAUUAAUUAAAGCUUUUAUUGGUCAACUCUUCACUGAUGUUUACAAUUUUGAAUUUGAAGAUUUACAAGUGACUUUGAGGGAAGAACUUUUGAAAGAGUCCACUGAAAUAAACAUAAUUACGACUCAAGAACUGAAAGAAAUCCAGAAUGAAAUAGAAAUAUAUUUGAGAGGUCUGCCAGCACUGAAAGGAGAAUUAACUCUUAUCACUUCUCCUUUGAUCCCAGAUAUUUUUAUACAUGGAUUUACUACAAGAACAGGUGGGAUAUCUUAUAUACCAACUCUUAGCUCACUCAAUCUCUUCAGUAGUUCCAAACGGAGAGAUCCCAAAACAGUUGUUCAAGAAAAUCUACAUAGGUUGGCGAAUGCUGCAGGAUUUAAUGUGGAGAAAUUUUACCGGAUAAAGACUGAUCAUGCCAAUGACGUCUGGAUUAUGGGAAGGAAGGAGCCUGAGUCUUAUGAUGGAAUAACCACAAAUCAGAGAGGAGUCACAAUAGCGGCUCUUGGUGCUGACUGUAUACCGAUAAUUUUUGCAGAUCCUGUCAAGAAAGCAUGUGGGGUUGCUCACUCUGGGUGGAAAGGUACUUUGUUAGGUGUUGCUAUGGCAACAGUGAAUGCUCUGAUAGCAGAAUACAGCUGCAGUUUGGAAGACAUUGUUGUUGUACUUGGACCGUCAAUAGGACCUUGCUGUUUUACGCUUCCAAAGGAAUCAGCAAAGGCAUUUCAUAAUCUUCAUCCUGCGUGUGUACGACUAUUUGAUGCACCAAAUCCCUAUAUUGACAUCCGAAAAGCCACCAGGAUUCUUCUGGAACAGGGAGGAAUUCUUCCACAGAAUAUUCAGGACCAGAACCAAGAUCUCAACCUCUGUACAUCCUGCCAUCCUGAAAAGUUUUUCUCCCACUUCCGAGAUGGCCUUAAUUUUGGUACACAGAUUGGCUUUAUAUCAAUUAGAGAAUGAGAUACUUGACUGGAUUUUUGCAUAAAUGUUUCCUGCAUCCUUCCAAACUGACUGCAAGAGAGAAAUUUAGCUGUUUGAUUUACUUAAAGCCAUAAAGAUUACAGUAGUUAAUUCAUCUUUAGUGUAUAUUUUCACUAUUAUCCAAAGCAAAAUGAUUUUUAUUUAUAACAAUAACUGACAAUCAGUA